GAGUAUCACGAUGUCCCCACAGCAGGACAUCCGGGACGUGAGAAGACGUAUUUUCUUCUCACGAGAAACUUCUACUGGAACCACCAGUACAAGUGGGUGCACAAAUACGCUCCUCUGCAACCACUGCCGACUCCGUCGGAGUGUUGGGAGUCCGUUUCGAUGGACUUCGUGUUUGGUCUUCCGCGCGAUUCCAGGCGGAAGACUGGUAUUGUGGUCUUUGUGGACCGCUUCAGCAAGAUGGUGCAUCUCGCUGCUGUCGCAGCGGAGGUGACCUCCGUACAGACGGCACGUCUGUUCGUCGACAUGGUGUUCAAGCACCAUGGCAUGCCCACCGACUUUGUGUCGGACCGCGAUCCGCGCUUCACGGCGCGUUUCUGGCAAGAAGUGUUCACACUUCUUGGAACGCAGUUCUCAAUGCCGACUGCGGAUCAUCCGCAGAAGGACGGGCAAACCGAGCGCGUGAAUCGCGUGCUCAAGACAGCUGAUACGGAUCUAUCAGAUGCGACGACAUGUGCGAGAGCGAGAGCCCGCACACGACAAGGCGACGUGUCAGUACCGGUCACUGACACUGUGAAGAACCACGAGCAGGCGACACCUGCCUCGACCAAGGACAACGUGUCUGUGCGGGGCACAGACACCGCAAAGACUCACGCACAGGCCGGGCCUGUUGCACGACCAAGUGAUGUAUCGAUGCCGGACAUCGAUACUGAGAAGCUUCACACACAGGCUAAGCCUGUAGCGAUCACACACGAAGUGUCAGGCACAGACGCGGACAAGACCAACAAACUGGACCCGGGGGUCAGCUCUCAAGCAAUGGCUUUGUUCACGAACGACAAGCAGUCGUUCGAUUUUUACAAGAUGCAAUUGCAGCUUCUGCGGAUAGGCAGAAGCUGA